AUGUUCGCCACGAGGCUCUUCCGGGCGCGGGCCCCAAUGCGACACAUUUUCAAUAUUACCACUCGAUCUUUCUCUGCCUCGCAGCUUUGCGCCGACUCCAAAAUGUGGACGCCAGUACCUUACAUCACCGAGACCAUUGUGAGCUCCCCCAAGCUCUGAGCUUCACGUUGCGCCUAGGAUACUGACUUUUCAGGGCGGGGGAUAUCGAACUUGUAUGUCUUGAAAGAUUUACAAACAGCCGUCAAUUAUAUAAAACGAACAUCCAACUAAUUCAAUGUACUUUCAGCCGACAUCUUUUCCAAACUCCUGCAGGUACGAAUGCCACGAAUGAUACAACACAACAUCCUUAUUAUCGCACUGUAUAACUGACACCAAACAGGAAAGAAUCAUCUGCCUAAACGGCGAAGUAAAUGAAAGUCUCUCCGCAGCCGUCGUCGCCCAGCUCCUCUUCCUCGAAUCCGACAACCCCGAAAAAGCCAUAACCCUCUACAUCAACUCCCCAGGCGGCUCAGUAACCGCCGGUCUCGCAAUCUACGACACCAUGUCCUACAUCCGCUCGCCAGUAUCUACCGUCUGCGUCGGGCAAGCCGCAUCCAUGGGCUCACUACUGCUAUGCGGCGGCGAGAAAGGGAAGCGGUUCUGUCUCCCGCACUCGUCGAUUAUGAUCCAUCAACCCAGCGGAGGGUAUUUCGGGCAAGCGAGCGAUAUUGCAAUCCAUGCGACGGAGAUUCUGAGGGUGCGCAGGCAGCUGAAUGAGAUUUAUGAGAGGCAUUUGACGAAGGUGCAUAGUCUGGAGGAGAUUGAGAGGUUGAUGGAGAGGGAUAAGUUUAUGAGUGCGGCGGAGGCCCUGGAGAUGGGUAUUGUGGAUGAGAUUCUAGAUAAGAGGCAGAAGGUGACGAAGGAUGAUGAGGCGAAAUAGGAAUUCAAAUUUUGAUGUCUUUUUUUUGGGUUGGUUGGUGUGGGGGGUUUUUGGGUGUUGUGUUUGAGUACGUACCUUUUUUUCGAUACCCCUCUCAGACUUAUACAAAGAUCUUUUGCCUCAUCCAUCUUUCCAGGACUACCGUUCUGGAUUCUUUCAUGUGCAGUGUUUUCAAUUUCCUCUUCUGAUCAUUCUAAAUGGAAUUGCACGACCUAUGCCGAAACUAGUAUAGCGUUCAACCUUUCGAUUUGCUCCAUGCACUGCAUGAGUACCACAAGUACCCAUCUCACUUUCACUAUCUCUACAUCUAUACUCCAAACAUGUACAUAUCAUCAAAAACACAACUUUUUCGAGGAAAGAUUUUCUUCGAAAUUCAUCAAUCUCUUUACACCAAUCGAUAGCAGCUAGAAUUUCAACCACUCCCCCCUCCUCCUAGGAGGUCUACUCCUCUGGUAGCAGAGAUACAUCCCUCAAAAGAUCACGUGAAAAGUUUUUCACCCCCCCUUCAUAACCUCAAUCAACCCUACCACUGCCAACACCGCUACUAUGGCAGCCCAUGUACUAUCAAACUUAGAAUGGGAACAAGAUAUCAUAGAAGGAACGGCCUAUGAGCCUAUGCAACUCGUCAACGAGCCCACGCUCCCCACCAGCACAGUGUACCCAACUAUCAUACUGGGAACCCCAAUCCCCCAAUCCCCCAGCACCAACGGACAAGAUCACCUCCUAGCACACUACGCACCGUCUAGCCCAAUUAAUCACAUUCAACGCAACCCAAACAACAUUUUCUUCACAAACAUCAGCACACUAAACAACUCCCAAAGAACCAAAGAAACACAACCCACAGCAAAGAGACAAAGAAGUAACCAAUCCCUUAACCUGACCUCUAAGUAUGCACUUAUGUCUCACCCAGAAACUGCAAUCGACGCAAUUAUAGCAUCAAGAGCUCUUCUCUGUAAGGCAAUUGAGCUUGAAGAUGAUCAGCCUAAAAAACUUACGCUGAUUGACCUACUCAAUGUCUUUCGAGACUACACUGAAGGAAAGCCCAUCAACAAGACGCUUAACACUCUUACAAACUCAGUCAAUAACCUUGAGAACAUUGCAAGACAACUCCCCAAAAAAACCUACGCCUCUGCUACCACAAACAACAAACCUACGACAAACAACAAGCCUACCACAGACAAUAGCACGCAAGGACUUAUAGACGCACAACUUAACUAUGCUCCCCCUCCUCAGAAAACCAACCCACAAAAGAAGAAGGAUGCCAUUAAAAGAGCUGCUACUGAGAAGAAGAUAGCAAUUAAAGCUCAACGACUUAUCCUUGUUGAGGACUACCUUCAACCAUUUGGAAACCUACAACCACUCACUCUCAGAAACACAAUUAACAAAGCCUUCAAAGCUCGUUUCAACGUCGACCCUGUAAUUAGUACAAUCUCCAGAUCACAAAGCAACAACAUCGUCCUUACAGCAGCAGAAGAAUAUAAUGCUAAAUUCCUCCUCGACCGAAUUGAAGUUAUCAAGGAGGUACUUAAAUUCAAAGAAGCAAGAGUAGACACUACGAGAUACCAAGUAGUAGUCCACGGCAUUCCAAACAGAGAAUUUAACUCUCCCGCAGGCCUUGUACAACUCAAAGAUGAGAUUCUCACUUUUAACAAGGGCCUUAAUCUACAAAUCGAAGAAACCCCUCACUGGCUCACUUCUAAAGACAAAAGGGACAGCGGCCUACAACACCAAGGAUCAAUCGUUGUAGCUUUCAAGGAAGAAAGCCAAGCAAAUCGAGCUCAGAGAAACAGACUCAACCUUGCAGGGAUCAGCGCCAGAGUAGAACACCUUCAGAACACGUCAAGGAAAAUCAAAUGUACCAGAUGCCAAGAAAAUGGCCACCCCCUCAAGUACUGCAAAAACCCCCCAAAGUGCAAAUUCUGCUCUAAACAACACCUAAGCGUACAACACAGAUGCCACUAAUGCCAAGCACAAGGCGAAGCCUGCGUACACACUACUACUAGCGAUAUCACAGAAUCCUAAUGAUAGAGAGCCCAAUCAAAAUCAUCUCUUUUAACGCCAACACUACAUCAGAAGCCAUGGAAAAUGCACUUGAAAUAGCCAUCCAGGAAGAAGUAGACCUUGUACUCUUCCAAGAACCAUGGUUUUACAAUGCACGGAAUAGACAAGGCUAUGUGUAAGGGUGCGAUAGCGACAAGGUCAACUGUAUGCGUAAGAACUAAAUUGUCUACAAAGAGUGGAAGUGAUCGUAAGAUCUGAGGCUAUUUACAGUUCCAAGGGCACGGGCCACAUCGCUUCCUCCACGUCUGUACCCUCACACUAUGUAGCCGCCACAUCAACAGCUCAUGGUAGUUUUACGCAAAUUCUUCCAAACUACUUACCUAGUAAAAGGCCACGAACAAUCGCCUAUAUCGCAAAAACCUUCAAACCCUCAGUUAGCCUUUCAAGAGAGUCACCUAUCGACACUGAUAUCCAGCUCAUUGAUAUUACUGAAGGAGAAGAAACACUACAAGUAAUCAACAUCUAUAACCAGAAAGACCAGGGAGAGCACGCUAAAAGAACUUUUCAAAGACAUCUACAAAACUAUUGUAUUAGAAAUAAUACAAUAGUCAUGGGCGACUUCAACUCACAUCACCCUUGGUGGAACCCUGCCAUCGAUACCCCCAACCAGGAAGCUGAAGAGCUUGUAGACUGGAUAGAAGACAACAGCCUUAGCCUCCUUAACAAGCCAGGAGCAAUAACCUUUAUCAGACCAAACUCUACUACUCCCUCUGUACUUGACCUAGCAUUAGUAUCGCAAGAAGUAAGCGAUCACGUCCAGAGCUUCAGAAUCAACAAUGCUAUUGCUUCAGACCACUGGGGACUACAGCUCCACCUCUACGGAAAGAAUAGAGACUGGGUUAAUAAUCCACUUCACCAGUCCAGAUACAACACAAAAAGAGCAGACUGGAAGCUCUUCAGGGAAACCAUUAACACAAGCAUCAACAACUCUCUAUGCCUAAAAACCCUCACAACCACUGAAAAUCCAGCCUCGUCAAACAACUCGCUAAAAAUCAUUAAAGAACAGAACACGCCUUUGGAAGCUAGCCUUGACAUGAUUGCAAACGCCCUCACAGAAGCAAUCACACUAGCCGCAGACAAAGCAAUCCCAAGAACAUAUAUUGGAAGCUUCUCAAAACCAUGGUGGACACCUGAGCUAAAAGAGCUAAGGAAGCAAAUGACCUACAAGCAACGCUACAUCUCGCUCCAGGACCAAACAUCAAAAGCCGAGUACAUAAAAGCUCGAAAUAUCUACUUUGAAGCAAUCAAAAGAACCAAAACAGCCCACUGGAAUCAAUUCCUUGAAAGAGAGGACCCGAAAGCAAUUUUCAAGGCCAUGAAAUACACCAAAGACGGCAAAACACAAAGAAUGCCACACAUCAAAGAUCAGCAACAGAACCUCCAGGCAACCUUCGAAGGCAAAUGCAAAGCGCUCAGGGAAACUCUGUUCCCUCCACCCCCCACAGCCACCAAAGCAACAUGGACCAACUACACGCCAAGCAAUAAGUGGGAAUGGCCUAAACUUACACAAACUGAACUAGAGUACGCAUGCUCUUCAAAGAUCUUAUCAAAAUCGCCCAGGGCCAGACGGAAUCACACAAGAUAUUAUCACCAAAGCCUACGAAGCCAACCCUGGAACCUUCUUCCAAGUCUAUGCUAGGAUGAUCGACACAGGGUACCAUCCCAAGUGCUGGAAAGAAGCAACAGGAGCAAUUCUACCAAAAGCUAACAAAGAAGACUACUCCCACCCUAAAUCCUACCGAAUCAUCACUCUCCUGAAUUGCCUUGGCAAAGUCGCUGAGAGAAUUAUCGCACAACGCCUCAGCCACCUCGCAGAGACCACAGACCUACUUCACUCCUCACAAAUGGGGGGAAGACUUAAGAAGUCUGCCAUUGACGCUGCCCUUUUACUUACAAAUGAAGUUGAAAACCACAAGAAGUACGGAUGGAAAGCCUCUACCCUGUUUAUCGAUGUCAAG